CUGAGCACUUCUACUCCGCUCAGUUCCUGUGAAAACUCUUUGAAUGUGUGUGUGUGAACUCCUCGCGUGUGUGUGUUAAGAAGAGUUUUAUGUGUGUGCAUAGGGGUUGUGUGUUUUUCUAAGUGGAGCCGGAGUGCAGCCGUUCAUCAGUGGAGCUGACUGCAGACAGGGGAAUACUCAGAUCUCACUGCGCCGCUUUUUAACUCACACACCGGCUGCUUUCCGGACUCUUUUUAAGACUCCCUGGACUAUUUGCACCAAAGUGGGACUUUGCCGCUGCUCUCUUUCUGCCCUCCAGGCACCAUUCCCAUCAUUCCCAUCACUGGAAUUACUGAAGGUUUUUUUUCCACUGCUUUCUGAAAAUCAUUUAAGGCACGUUUUGGAUUAUCUCUAAAUAGAAAUUCUAUCUGCUUUAAACUUUUUGGAUUCAACUUUUGAGAUUCAGCUCCUCUUUUCUGUGCAUUUUCAUUGCGUUUAAACAUGCUCAAGCCUCAGAAUGGGUGCUUUGCAAGCAUAUAACAAGAACUCAGCAAAUGCAUUUAGGUGUGAAUGAAAUGCACUCUGUAUUGUGAGUGAAUAAUUAAGAGGCUCAUGGGGACAUGUGAGUUUUAUUUGCAUUGCAACAGAAAGGCUAUGAGAGGUAAAACAGGAAAAAGCUGUUCAGUAACUAUGGAGAUGGUCAGUGCUGUCGGAGGCAUGUUGGGCUCAGGUGGACGCUGAUCCCAACUUGGAAUGUUCUGAACUCCUGUGGAAUUUAGUUCCCCUGGAAACGGAUGGACAGGUCUCUAUUCCCAUGUGUGAAGUUUUUAUCCAGUCUUGGAUGUGAAAGGUGAACUACGUCGUCCUUCACCAGAGGAGUAGUGCUUCUUCAGAGACUCUUCAGAACUAAGGACGGUUUUAUAACGAUUACACUGAAUAUCAAGAACUUGAAAGGAGCUACUGCAAAAGCAAACAACAAGAGGGAGAAUCUGCGUUGGGUUUACAGAGCUCAGCAGAUCCUGAAUCCUCACCAACAACGACUAAGCCAGAACAAGUCCAAGGGAUAUCGUUCUGCUCUGAACCAGAACCAGACUCUAACAAAAGAUAAUAAGAGAAAUAUUGAGCAUUAAGUGGAAACUAGGCCAUAAUCCAGCUGAAAGUCCCUUACCAGACUUUAACUUUUGAAAGGAAACAGUUUGUUCUAAGUGUGCCAAGAUGAUGACCAUGAUGAUGAUGAUGGCGGCCAUGAUGGUGACCUGCAGCUCUUUGUUCCUGCUGGGUCUGGCCGCCGCCCACGCUUCCUCCCCUACCAUGACACGCACUUCCUCUUCAUCUUCUACAUCCUUCUCUUCUUCGUCCUCCUCCUCACCACGCAUGAAGCUCUCAUACAAAGAGUUGCAGCAGUUUCAUGGAGUGCGUCGGUUCGAGCUGGAGCGUUCCUGCUGCUUCAGCGCUCUGCUGCUGGACGAAGAGAGAGGCCGCCUCUUUGUUGGGGCCAAGAACUUCCUGCUGUCGCUAUCACUGGACAACAUCGCCAAGCAGGAGCACAAGAUCUACUGGCCCGCUCCGGUCGACUGGAGGGAGGAGUGUAACUGGGCCGGCAAGGAUAUCACGUCCGACUGUGUGAACUAUGUGAAGAUUGUGCACCACUUUAACCGCACCCACCUGUACGCCUGUGGGACCGGGGCCUUUCACCCCACCUGUGCCUUUGUGGAGGUGGGACAAAGGAUGGAGGUUGAAAACUGGACCAAAUUCUCCUCUCUAAUGUAA